UGUUGGGUGAAGAUGGCGGCUGGUUGCUUAGCGCUGCUACCACAGAUUUUUCACUGAUCAUUGAAAUACAUUGUGCUUAGUUUUGUUCACUUGUGUUGUUAGGUUUGUGCUCGCUGUAUAAGUCAACGACAUGUCAGAUUCUGAAGAAGACAGUCAGGACAGGCAGCUAAAGAUGGUGUUAAUCGGAGACGGAGCCUCGGGAAAGACGUCACUCGCCACCCGUUUUGCACAGGAGGCUUUUGGGAAACAGUACAAACAGACGAUAGGGCUGGAUUUCUUCCUCAAGAGAAUCACCCUGCCAGGAAACUUGAACGUCACUUUGCAAGUGUGGGACAUCGGGGGACAAACUAUUGGAGGAAAGAUGCUGGAUAAAUAUAUCUAUGGUGCUCAGGGUGUUCUCUUGGUGUAUGACAUCACUAACUCUCAAAGUUUUGAGAAUCUAGAGGACUGGUACAGCAUGGUGAAGAAAGCAAAUGAGGAGUCUGAAGUACAACCAGUUAUAGCUCUGGUGGCCAACAAGAUUGAUUUGGAGCACAUGCGGACAGUAAAGGUGGACAAGCAUCAGCGUUUCUGUCAAGAGAAUGGCCUCAUCAGCCAGUUUGUGUCAGCUAAGACGGGAGACUCGGUGUUCCUUUGUUUCCAGAGAGUGGCAGCAGAGAUUUUGGGAAUAAAACUCAAUAAAGCAGAAAUAGAGCAGUCGCAGCGGAUAGUUCGAGCUGAGUUGGUGGACUAUCCUCAGGAUGAGGGACUGAUUACUCAAGACUCCAAUCAGAGCAAGAUCUGCUCUGUUCAGUAACAUAACACGAGUGGUGAAGGCGGACAUUGUGAACUACAGUCAAGAGUCUGUGGCCAGGACGGUCAACCCUCCACGAAGCUCCAUGUGUGUCAUACAGUGAUCAACAGACACUGGGUUCCUUUUUUCACCUCCCCUUUUCUCUCUUUUUCUCUUUUCUCUCUUUGUCUAGAUAUCUCUGAAAGGAUUAGUAAGAGACUGCAACCAGCAAACUGCUCCAUAAAGCAGUGCAUAGACUACACACACUCAUACCUCUUGGCUCUUGUAUAAAGUGUGUGUUUGUGUGUAUGUCUUCAGUUUUAGUUGUUGAUAUUCUGAAGCAGUGUUGUAUUUAUGCUGAAUACGUUUAAUGUGCACAGCAUAGACACAUUCCUACAUUUGCUGUUAUAUAAUUAACAUGUUGUGGAGGGCAGCUCUUCAGUCCUUGUAUUUACAACACAAGAGAAAAGCAGAUUUUACAAUUAUUGUUUUGUGAAAAAGACCAUGAUAAAAGAACAGAGAAGAACAGGGAGAGAGGUAGGGAAAGUGAAGGUGCUCAUGUGCCGUGAAAUGAACUCCAAGCAGAACCUCGCUACUCGUUUACAGAUUCUUCUUUUCUGUCUGUUUUCUCUUUGUUUUGCUAAUUAGAGAGAGUGAGUUUCAGAACAUAGUGUAUAUUUAAGAGCAGAGCAUAGCAGCGCCAAUCUUCAAACCUUGAGCGUUUUUUUUUGUUUUUGUGUAAGCAAGUCCAAAGGGAGAAGAAGGCAAAAGAUUGUAUUGGUUUCUGAUGGUGAGAGCAAUUGUUGUCAAGCUACCAACUGGGUGGGAAGUAUUGGGAGUGCAAGAUGUAAUGAUAGUUUAGUAUAGUAGUGUGGGACCUAAUUGAGACUCAGUUGAAGACAUCUCCACUCAGUCCAAAGUGACUGUCACAGAAUAGCCAAACUCGAGCUGUGAUGACUCUGGGUUCUGAUAGCUCAGCUCAGUCAGGCGGUGCAUGUGUAUCUUAAAUGAGCCCUGUAGGUAGGAUGCUGCAGUCAGAAAAGCUACUUUCUAAAUGUACCUAAUAAUGAGCAUGCUAUGGAGCAAACCAGCCAAGCCAUGUCCAUCAGUGGAGGACUUUUCCAAACUGCUCUUAACACACUAUCAACCCAGGAUUCUUAUUUUACAGUGUUUUUGCUGUGCUUGCUCUCUCUAUUUUGUAAAUGUGCAUCAUACCAUCACAUUUAUUAUAAAAAAAAAUUUUUCCCCCUCUGCUACCAUAUUACAGUACAUACAGUCACAACAUAUUGCAAUGAUUUCUUGUUCUGGACCAAUAAGGUGAAGACACUUUUCUGCAGAACAGCCAUGACACUUUAACAUCCACACAGGUCUUCACCUCAGCUGCAACAUAUGUACUUGACAAAUGUUUUUUUUUUUUUUGUCUUGUGAAAGUCUAUUUUUUCUGUUGUGUCAAUCCUGCAAGUGUUUUCAUUCAUGAAUUGUAAUGGGAUCUGAAGAACUCUUGGAAAAGUUCUGUCGAAUGUCUUCUGAAAAUCUUUAUUUAAACACUAAGCGUUAUCAAGCCAAGCUUUACUCGUUCUAGUGAAACAGAAUGUUGUAUACUCUGUACAUUUAGGAAUAAAAAAAAUGUGUCGUUUUGUAAGCAUUAUUAAAAUAUUACAACACGUUA